AUGUCAGAGACUAGAACGAAACCACCGAGUCCAAGUCUAACCUACGACUUCAAGACCAUGACGAAUGGCUCCAGUACGCCAAGGACGAAUGCAAACACAGUGUACGACAUCAACGUCUCUGCCCCUAGCAUCAACAUCUCAAAUAUAGACGACCUAAACGGUGAUUACUACACCUUGUCAAAGACACCCAGUCCACCACCCCAACGACCCCUCCGUCAGAGAUUAGUAGGCACCUGGCGACUAGAAGCCUACGUCGCCUACCCAACCCCCUCCUGUCGUUUCCAACGCCCCACCUUCCCCAUGACGAAAAACGUCACGGGUCUAAUCAUGUACACGCCCGACGGCUACAUGAGCGCCCACAUGUUGAUACCAGGGCAAAUGUCGUUUAAACGCGGCGAAGGCGAGGAACCACAGUGGGCCGAAGCGGGCAAGCGAUCUUUUUCAUACGCUGGGCCCUACUACAUCAGCGAUGAAGGCUAUGGUAGGGAAGAAAUCUUGAGACAUACAUUUCAGGUUUGCAAUUUGCCAGGUUGGGUUGGCGAUAUUCAGGUUAGGACGUGGAAGUUUGAGGAGGAUGAUAAUGUGUUGGUGUUGGGUAGUGAGGAGCCUACGGAGAUUAGGGGUGAUCAGAGGAUCCCAGUUCUGAAGUGGCGAAGGGUUAUCGACAAUUCGAAUGGCAGCCCACCGGCACCGAUGCCGCACAUCAAGGUCAGCGGUCCAGGAGAGCCAUGA